UCCCGCUUCUGCCCGUACACACAACCAUCAACACCCCACCAAGCCCCACUCCAUCCACUCACACACCACCCUUACACCACCAUGGCUCGCAAGUACCUGAUUGGAGGAAACUGGAAGUGCAACGGAACCAGAGAGAAUGUGGCAGCAUUGGUGAAGGUGCUUAACGACGCAGGGGAAUUCCCCGACAAUGCCGAGGUGGUGGUGGCACCUCCGUCCAUCUUCCUCCAGACCGUCAUGGAUACCAUCCGCCCCGACAUCAAGGUGUCCACCCAGAACGUUGGCAAGAACGUAAAGCCUGGAGCUUUCACCGGCGAGCUCUGCGCUUCCAUGAUCAAAGACUUCGGGGUCGAGUGGGUGAUCACGGGACACUCGGAGAGGCGGGUUGGUUUCGGCUGCGCGGGAGAGAGCUCGGACCUUGUCGCCGAAAAGUCUAAGGUGGCUUUGGACUGCGGGCUGAACGUGAUCAUGUGCAUCGGGGAAAGCCUUGCAGUUCGGGAGGCCAACCAAACCCUUGAGCUGGUGCUGGAAGACCACAUGGCGGCCUUCUUGAAGACCCUCGAGGAGGAGGACUGGUCCCGGGUAGUUGUAGCGUACGAGCCAGUCUGGGCCAUCGGCACCGGCGUCACCGCAUCCCCCGCACAGGCACAAGAGGUGCACUCCGCAAUCCGCGCAUGGGUCGGCGAAAAGGUUUCCCCCGAGGUCGCAGAGUCUCUCCGCAUCAUCUACGGGGGCUCUGUGAAGUCUUCCAACGCGGCAGAACUGGCAACGUGCCCAGACAUCGAUGGCUUCCUCGUGGGCGGCGCCAGCCUUAAGCCUGACUUCGUGGACAUCAUCAAGGCCGUUGAGGGAAAGUAAAACCCGUCGCCACGGAGAAUCUUGCUCACGUCCACCCGUUGUAGCCAUUGGCCCGUUCGUUGGUCGAGUAGAUGUUGUUCUGGGUCAGUGGGCUCCGGAAUCUCCUUGCCCGGUUUAGGGUUCGUGACGGAGAGGAUUGGGCAUCCCGGCAAUCGGUUAGGAGCUUUAGUUGGCCGGCUUGAAUCUAUUUUUUCGGUUUCAAAAUGUUCCUUGCGUAUUGUAAUAGUUUAGUCUGUCUGGGGACGACGAUCCCUUCGUUGUCUCCUGUUUUUUUUUUUCGAAGUGUUUUCGGUCGGGAGGCUGGCCGUUCGUUCUUGCUCGCGGGGUUCGCCGCAGGCGCAGGCGGCUUGCCCCCCUGAUCGACCUACCUCUUUGAUUGGUGUUGUGGGUUGGAUGGGAUGGUGUCGAACGUAUACUCCUGUUUAAUCGCGAGCCAGAAUCUGGACUGUUGUCUCGCUCUGGAGAGGCUUGUCAUGAGCGUGCCGGAAGCUGUCGCGAUCCUACCUUCGCUGUGGAGUGUUGAGGAAAGGGCGGUGGGCGAACGCGUUGUCACAGCGAACCGCUGAUCUGUGGGAGUUUGGCGCGAUGGGAUAGAUCUACGUUUAUCAGCGGUCGCUAUGAUACAUCUCACGCAUAGGAAAGGCUUUCUCUGCAGGUGGUACUGGUUGAAAGCUGAUAAUGCGGUUGAUUGCUGGAAGCUGCACGUUUCAUGCUUGUGCCAUGGUCGACACUACCCCUUGUCGAUGGUUGUCGUUGGCACAUACUUGGUAUCGGAAGGCCGCAACAGGCCAAAAAUGGUUUGAUGGAGGCUGUCGACGGGGGUGGAAUCUGCUUUUGUUUCCUCUUUCCUUCACGUGAGCAUUGUUUCACUUCUAUGUUGUCAUUCUGUGAGGUAGAAAUAGUGUCACAUGGUGGGAAGGACCGGCUAUCACACGGGCACCUGUUCUUCUCGUAUCACGCGGCGGCGGACAAAAUAGGGCAAAAUCACAAAAGUAGCAUAACCUGGUGUGUCGCUUAGUGCCAUGCUUGUACUGGCAGCAGUGCGGUUGCGCGAUUGGACCAUCCAGACUAGAGUUUGUUGUGGUGCUUCAUACCGUGCUUAUUCUUGGAUGUUCCUUGCUGCCGUAACCCCGCAUUUGCUGUUAAUGCACCGUGAGUUGACGCUGAUGAUGCGGUGCCUUUCACUUCUUUUAAGACGGAAACCACCUGUGCCGGCCACCCUCGAGGCGGACGUACGUUUGGGCGAAGGACCCAUGUACUGGAAAAGGAUUCCACCACGAAUAGAUAGUGCGCUGAGGUCACCCUUUUUGCUGACGUCUGUGCUCUGGUAGAUUUCUUCACGCGUUGUAGAGAUUUGGUAAGCAUAUCUGCAUGUUUGUUGGCUCCUACGUUGAUCGCGACACCGUGUACACCGAUGCAGAUGGUGUGUCGAUAUCUUCGUUGCCUCCCAGGUAAAUUGACGAGUUGCUCCACGUAAAUGAGCGUUCGAAUCGUUAGCAGCGGAAGCGGAGAAGGAACCACGUAACGCGGAAGGCAUAUUUGGUAUUGGUGUCUCUACGCCACUUUUAGAGAGCGCGCACCCAAGUGUGCUGAUAACCUUGACAUACAGCGUUUCUGUGCUACCGCGGUAUCGAUGAGCUUCCUUGCACCAGGGCAUUGUCGAUGGAUCCACCGGGGCGUCUAAGAUACAAAACAGCUCAUGUCACGUAAUGGUCUGGACGGCGGGCAGCGGCUGGCACUGCACCACGAGGGCUGAAGACAAGCAUCC